AAUUGUCCUCUCUCUUCCCUCAUCAUCAACCAACAGCAAGUCUCAAGAUGGCGUCCUCAAUCCAGCCAGGAGACCACAAGGCAUUCAUGCGCCUGGCCCUCUCCUUGGCCCAAAAGUCGCCUCCAAAACCUACCAACUACCGGGUGGGAGCCGUUGUCGUGGAUGUCCCCUCCAACACCAUUCUGGCGACCGGGUACACCUUGGAACUGGAGGGCAACACUCAUGCCGAGCAAUGCUGCUUCAUGAAACUGGCUCAGCAGCAUGGUGUCCCCGAGCAGAAGCUGGCUGAGGUCCUUCCGAAGGACCUGGCACUUUACACUACCGUUGAGCCCUGCUCCAAGCGCUUGAGCGGGAACUUGCCAUGUGUGGAGAGAGUGCUGAGGCUGGCUGGAUGUAUCAAGACGGUCUAUGUUGGGAUCCUGGAACCUGAAAAGUUUGUUCAGGAGAACACGGGGAGGAAGUCUCUGAGGGAUGCCGGCAUCGAGGUGGUACAUGUCGAGGGAAUGGAGAAGGAGAUUCUGGAGGUAGCCACUGCUGGGCACGUUAAGGAGUGAACAACACCAAAAAGACCACUAUCAAGGCACGAGUUCAAUUCCAUCACUACAUCACUAUCACUAGCUUUUGUCUACACCACGCUAGAACUUCGGCCCCUCAAGGAUGGGUUUGGCCUCUUCCGUUCUCCACCAGCUCUUCUCACCACCAGGAUACUCGAACCGAUCCAUGCUGUCCGCCUUCAUCUCGACGGAAUACCCAGGCUCGGUGGGAGUCUGAUAGUACCCAUCCUUGAUGACAGACGGAUACAAAAAGUGCUCAUGAAGAUGAUCCACAUACUCCAACACCGACUUCUUCCCGCUCACCACCACAUAGUCGAUCGUGCUCAAGUGCUGCGUAUACUCAGGCAACCCAACACCGCCCGAAUGCGGCACGAUCGGCACCCCGUACUUCUUCGCAAUCAGCAACACCGCCAACACCUCAUUGACGCCUCCCAUCCGGCACGCAUCAAUCUGGCACACAUCAAUCGCCCCACUCAUCAACAGCUGCUUGAACACCACCCUGUUCUGACACAUCUCGCCCGUAGCCACCCCAAUCCCAUACUCCUUUAGCGCCUCCCUGAUCGCCUUGUGACCCAGAAUAUCAUCCGGGCUCGUCGGCUCCUCAAUGAACCACGGCUUAAACUCCUUCAGCUCCUUCAUGUACUCGAUCGCCUCCGGCACGCUCCAGACCUGGUUCGCAUCCACCAUCAGGACAUUCCCCUUAUCAUAGCCAAUCACCUCCCUCGCGAUCCCCAGCCGUCUCUUAUCCUGCUCAACACUGCCGCCCACCUUGAGCUUGAAAUGCUUGUACCCCUUCUCCAUCGUCUCCCUCAACAGUCCCCUCAUCUUAUCCUCCCCGUACCCCAACCACCCCGCACUCGUCGUAUAAGCCGGCACAGCCCUAUUCGCCUCCGCGUCUUUGAUCCUUUCGGUCUUGGUCUUUUCAGUCUCCUUCAACAUCUCCACUGCCUCCUGGGGGGUGAUGGCGUCCGUGAUGUACCGGAAAUCAAUACACCGUACAAACUCUUCGGGCGCCAUCUCCGAGACGAUCCGCC